CAAUCACACGUCAAGAUGAAUCAAUAUCCCUGUAUCGGUACCUUUAUCGGCAUAUUGUUGGAACUGAGGAGCACGUGAAAACGUUAAGAAUGUUGAACACUGUCAGAGACAAUUUGUCAUACGACAACGACAUGGCAACAAUCACCAGCGGAAGUCGAGGGGAGGGAAUCGAGAUGAAAGGAAGUGAUCUAGAUGUUAUGCGACCCAUCAGAUAUAUUGAGGUGUGUGAAAACACGAACAUUCGUGUAGAUCCUGAUAAAACAUAUUUUACCAUUGUAACAGAAGAUACGCAGCCAGGUUUCACUCAAUUACGUUUAGCGUACAUUGGUCAUGGUAAAUCUUUGAAAAUCCUUGAACAGUGUGACAUGAUAGGAGAUGAAUAUUACUUUUCAAACUCUAAAUUCAAAUACCAGUUUUCAGGUAAUCUUUGGUCAAAUAUGCAUGGACCGUGUUUAUCCGACAAAGCAGGAUUAUAUGACAUGGCAUACUGUUUACAUAGUAAAUCAUGGGUGACACAGGCUAAACAAUGGAUAACAAGACCAAAUAACUCAUGGCCAGGAUACGAUGUUAAACAGGCUAUUUUUAAGCAUGGAGUUCUUUUUGUUCCAAUAGGAUCCAUGAAAGAAGACCUAGGAGACCUAGAAUGGCGAAUUUCUUUUUCCGUUGGAGAAAAACUGCUGAUGUACACAUUUACACAUACGCAACUGCUAUGUUAUGCUCUCAUGAAAAUUAUGUUAAAGGAUGUGAUAAACCCGUUAUUAUUAAAAAUUGACAAAGAUUGUGAAGAAUUAGUGUGUUCAUACUUCUUGAAAACUAUUGUAUUCUGGAUAUCUGAAGAAUUACCACCAUCAAUAUGGAAGGCGGAAAGACUGAUAUCUUGCUUCAUGAGAUGUUUCAACAGACUAACAUACUGUGUUGAGUACUCCAUUUGUCCGCAUUUCUUUGUGCCCGAUAACAAUUUGUUUGGAAAUAAAAUAAAAGGACUUUCACAGAAAAUAAUUCUAGAUCAGUUGCGUAGUCUAAAAUGUUGUGAUUGGCAAUGUAUCUUAUUGUCAAACCAAUUAAAGAAUUUCCAUAAUUUUCAAUUUCACUUUAGUAGAGAACUAACUUAUUCACAAGUCGACUCUGUUAAAAAAUUAUUGUUUUCAAUGAUUCAAACUGCAGAUGGUGUACUUCUGACUUGUAAUUUUGAGAAAGGAAUACACAGAAUUUUCUCGUCAAAAAGUUCUAAGAUUAAAUAUCUAUACUCAUAUUAUUUGUCUAAAUUUUGUUACAAAAGUAAACAUUUUGUUCAAUUCAAUGACAAAUCCGGCAAUAAAAAUAUGUAUAGACAGUACAAUGCCUGUGUCAGUACUCUCCUCCGGGGAAUGGGACAUGAUGCCGUGUCUGGAUGGUUGAUGUUAGCUUCGUUUUUCUACAGAACUAACCAGUACGACAAAGCUCUUAAUAUCAUCGAGCAUUCUCUAUUGAAAUGUUCGCCGGAAAAACUUUUCCAAUACAAACAUUUGUCACGUGUUCAUAGUGAAUUUCUCAGUUUGCAUUUGUUUAAGAAAAUGAAUAUUGUUAAAUUGUGGAAAUGUCUUAUAUUAGAUUAUGUGAUAUUUGCUAAGAACUCUGAAAUUAUAGCCACCGAAUUGCAAAUCGAUGUAAAAAAGACAGAAUACCUGAUACCACCAGUACAAUUUGCUUAUUUUCUGCGUUUCCUAUGUCAUUAUAAUUUUCAUAAUACGACAAAAUUACUGGAGUCUAUUCGAAAUUUACAACGAACAAUACAGGACGACUAUUUCUUAUCACUUAACAUUGAGCGGGCAGCAUGCUACAACAUGUUAGGGGUAUCUUUUGAAAUGACAGGAGACAUGGAUUCAGCGAGACUAGGAUUUAUCAACUCAAUAGUAAAUGAUCCGGAUGAAUACUGUAAUGCUGCGUUUCAGAGAUUGUCAUUGAUAUGGUGAAGGCAUUACUAUUGGUUUAUUGAAAUACAGACUCUACUGAUUGUCAGACUUAGCUCUUACAUUUCUUGUUUUAUUUCAGCUUUAUUUGUAGUUAUGUAUUUCUUUGGAUUAACUUAAUAAUUUU